CCCAGUCAAGUAAGAGGCCUUCAUUCACGCCGUCGAUCGUCGUGUCGCGAAGAAAUGCAUACAGAAUGACGUUUUAAGUGUGUGUGGUGUCGUCUUAACAACGUUAUCUACCACGUUCCCGGGUUCAUACGUUCUACCCUACGUUAGGAUCCAUCAAAUUUUUCAAUUCAAAAUUGACGCGGAUGGGAAGAGCCCCCGAGUCCUGGAUAAUGGUCCAUCUAUUCAACGGCUAGAAGAAGUGAGAAUUCGUUUUGUACAUUAGAGACUCUUGUGAGGAAGCAUCAUUUUGCGAGCUCGUCCACUGUGAAUUUCAAAACGAGGUCAUUCAAAAUGGAGUUAUAUCUACGGGGAUGUUUGAUCGCGGUCGCUCUCCUGGUGCUACCUCUCCCCAGUGAUCCGGCCAGAAUUCUUGGCGUGUUCCCUUUCGAGAACUGGUCUCACACGCAAUUUUUCAUUCCGCUCAUGAAGGAACUCGCUGCCCGCGGCCAUCAAGUGACCGUCAUCAGUCACCUGAAGGCACAGAAGCCUGUCGCGAACUACACGGAGCUCAGCCUACACGGGUUGGUACCAAUACUCGGCAACGUAACGAUAAAUCGCGUGGCGGACAUAAGCGUUUUCGAGGCCAUUAUACAUGACAUCCUGGACAUAGGUGUCGAGAGCUGUCAAACUAUUCUGGAAAGUGACAUCAUGCGCCGUUUCAACCAAUCAGACGCCGCUUUCGACGCUGUCAUCGCUGAAAUUUUCAACACGGACUGCUUCGUCCCGUUCGCACACAGGUUUAAUGCGCCACUGAUCGGGGCCUCAUCCUCGGUGCCGUACCCGUGGUACUCAGACCGGCUCGGCAUGUCCAACAACCCUGCAUACGUCUCCACGCUAUUCUACCCUCUCGGCUCGGACGAUUCUCUCUGGGGGCGACUCUGUAACUCAUUCUAUCUCCUAGCUACCCAACUUAUCUACAGAGUGUACUACCAACCAGCUGCUCAGAAGAUUGCGAGCGAAUUUUUCGGGCCGUCCAUGCCACCGCUCACGGAGCUGGUUAAAAACACGAGCCUCCUCCUCCUUAACUCGCAUCCGAGCAUCACGGCAGCCCGUGCAUUGCCGCCAGGUGCCGUGCAAGUUGCAGGUCUAAAUUUGAAGGCGCCGAAAAAACUACCCCAGGAUCUGGAGGAGUUCAUCUCGGGCGCCGAGCACGGUGUCAUCUACUUCAGCCUCGGCUCCAUGCUGGACGCUGCCUCGUUCGAGCCGCAAAAGAAGCGAGCCUUGAUCGACGCCUUCGCAGCCCUACCGCAAAGGGUCCUUUGGAGGGGCGAGGACGACCCUCAAGCCCAGAAUCUGCCCCCGAACGUCAAAAUGAUGCGCUGGCUCCCACAACUUGACAUUCUCCGUCAUCCUAACACCAAGUUGUUCAUAACCCAUGGAGGUUUGUUUAGCUUGAUCGAAUCGAUCAGUGCAGCAACACCGGUAUUGGGAAUGCCACUUUUCGCUGAUCAGUUCGACAAUAUGAAGAAUGCCGAGGAAGUUGGUUUUGGACUAUUUUUACACUAUACUGAUCUCACCAAGGAGAACAUCCUCCGGCUCAUUACGAAACUGCUCAGCGAUUCUAGGUACGCUGAGACAGCAAAGGUUGUUUCUGACCGAUUCAAGGACCGACCGAUGUCCCCAAUGGACACAGCAAUCUACUGGGUAGAAUAUGUUGUCAGACAUAAAGGUGCCUCUUACUUGAAAUCACAAGCAGUCAAUUUACCUUGGUACAAGCUUUACCUUUUGGAUGUGAUUUUGUUCAUAGUCUGUUUAAUAUUGGCUACGUAUAAGACAGUCAAGCUAAUAAUUAAGUCCACUCUUUGCGUGGCAUCAUUACCUCCAAAGAAACAGAAAUUGAUGUAAAUUAGGCAUCAAAAUUCAAUAUUUCAGUGUCCUAAAUAUUAUUCCCAGCCUAAUUUAAAAAUUACUCAUUGUUAUUAAUUUAUUCAAUCAGUGACAGCUUGAACAUCAUUAGACUGCAUUCAGCAAGAAGGGACCAUACCAUGUCAAGCAACAACUCGUGAAUCGCUUUUAUCCAAAAUAUGGUUCCUAUCUAUCAAACUUGGAAUAAUGAGUAUUUCAGCUGACAGCAUUGAAAGUUUCAGACAUGGAAUAUGUACCUAACAAUUACACCAGUUUUAUUCGCAA